UAGUCGUCAGUAUGCAACGAACUUUUCUAUGGAACGGACGUGUUUUGCUACAACCUGAGCGGACGAGUGUGCACGACGUCGUCUCUUUCUCUUUCUCGACGGGACGGUUAGUGAACCAUCACACAUACCAGUGCUAGCACCGUUUUUUCGGCACUUUUCCUCGUGUUCAUUCAAAACAAUUUGGACUCUCGCGCAGCAUAAACAUAAACUGUUGAAUGAGACCAGCAUAAGUGAAUAGAGUAAAGUGUAAUGACAGCUAGAACGGCACAGAAAAACCUGUGAAACCGGAUUCAGUAAUACGCGCAUACGAGACCGUGUGGGUGAACACAGUUGCGGGGGAGUGUGUGCCAGGGCCAGCAGCGGAAGUGUCGCCCGAUUCAUUGGUGUUUGUUAACGAAUCACGUCGGAAUGGAGGAAUCGCCAAUAAACUAACCAUCAUCAUAUAACAAUUGGAUCUGAACCUGCAAUGUUAGUGCAAGUGUUUCAUAAACUGUUUUGAUAGGAACCAUAACACCGUUAGUCGACUUAUUUGAUUUUUCUUUGGAAACAAAAGAGAAAAACAUCAUGUAAAUCCUACCGAAAUUAGUACACACGAAAAUUAAGGCGCGACUUGUCGAUACUUUGCUUGAAAGCAACAGUGGCCAUGUACAAGUGAGUAAAAUACCAAGAAACUCUGAAACAGUAGUGAGUUAGUCGAUUCGAACUCCGUUGCAUUCGUUGCAGCCUUAGAGAAUUCACGGCAUUUUUCACGCUUCGUCAGAGGGCAACAUGCACGCGAACCAUAGCAGCUACGCCAGCUCCGAAGCUCACUACACAUGUCUUUGAACGUGACGGCCAUUUCAACCCCUAGUAGAGCACCUGGUUCUCCGGUGGGGGGCAUCCGAGGCGAACCGAACCAGCGGCUAACUUGUGCGCUGCCAGUCUGCUUGGGGGGUGCGUGGUGAAACUUUUCCUCCGAAGCCCGCUGCUAGUUAAUCGGAAAAAAUCUAGCACAACACAGUGUACGAAAUUGCGUUCUAAGUUAGUAAUAACUUGUUUCGUGCGAAAAUUAGACACCGAAAGUGAAAAGCGCAUUAAUUGCCGAAGAAAACGAAAAGGUAUUGAAUAUUCAACAAUCAGUUUCGAGUGUAAAUACUACUUCGAAGAAAAAGUGAUAAAAUGGUAUGGCUGAUUGAUCGUUUCUGCAGUGUAUUUUUGUGGAAAAUAAGUGCCGUCGAAGAAAACAGGUGCAAUUAAACUGGCGAGCGAAAAAAAAAUCGACAGAAGAAAAUAAAAGUGCAGUAAAAGGCAAAAACCAUAUCAGCACGAAGCUGAAGAUUGAAGAUAGUAAAUUAGAGCCACACGUAGAAAAAAAGUGCAGUUGUUUCGUGUGACGUGAUCUUUCUGUUGUUGUGUAAGCAAGGGAACUUCUGAGUUCAUACUUUGUAUCAGCUGUGGACUGGGACUAAGAAAAAUUGCAACCCGACCUGGGUGGGCUUGCAACUUUCGGAUUCACACGCAUGCAUUCAUCCAACACUGGGCAGCUCAGAGCGAGAUAUUAAUAACGACCGCAACGCGACGUGAACUUCGGCGUGAACUCAUUGCAAACGAUUGGAGCUUUACCCCACAAACACACCUGAUUCCGACGCCUGUGGAAAACUUCCCGUGAUCCGACAGAGGCUACCGGCGACUAGUUUGAAGUAGUGACAGAGAGGUCUGUCCUUCUGAGACACGCUUACAGUAGCUUUCGGCGGACUCACCAAUCAACGGAGAACCAAUCCGAUAUUCAGCAGCACCCAAUAGAUGCUAGUACAUACCGCCAUAGCCGCCAAUAGAUGUCCAACCAAAGACAAACAGAGGCAGCAAUCGAGUUCAAGGCUCGCCUCGCAGCGCUUAGUCAGUGUGAGAUAUCCACCUGCCGAACACAGGCGCACUUAGUCAGUGGUGCGUGAAUGCAGUGCCAGUGCAAGGGCUGAAGGAUCGCCACAACAGCAGCAACAAAUUAAAGCAAAUGAUUGUUUGUGUGUGUGUUGAUUGAUAUGCAUCAUUAUUAAUAGUGCUACGUGUUAUUAAAUCUAGAUCUGCUGUGUUUUUCGCGAUAUUCUUUGCAGUGUUUGUGUUUGUUUUUUUUUUGUGUGCGAAUGUGUUUUGUAUCUUUACCAAACAGCAACCCGAAGAGUUACGUAAAAAUCAGCAAGUUGCAAACGGAUAAUUUCCGUUAGAUAAUUUUCCGUUCCAAAAGUGGCUUAGGAAACUGACUGGCAGAAUGUGAGAGCUGGCAGUCAUGGUCGAAACGUGCUGCCCCCCUGCUUGCAACAUUUUAUACCAGUGAGGCACCGUGCCGAAUUGAAAUGUGUAAUUUUAUUAGUGCAUAGAGGCAGCGAACAUGCAAAUUUGCCCCAAGAUAACUGGCUAGCUAUAGCACCGCAGCAAUCCAACUGAGAUAUAAUUUCCGCUCCGAAAUCGGAAUCUCAAAAAGUUGAAAACAUAACAUGGCUUCCAGUGACGACUUAACGUCGACGAGCGAAGCGACUGACCGGAAGCAACCGGACGUUGACGAAGGCGGCAAAGAUGAGGUCGAUUAUGUUCUCAAAGUUCCAGUUCUACCGGCGGACAUGACAACAACAUGUGUGGCCUGUAGCAAAAACCAAAAAUCAAGCAAUAACAACAAUUGUUCACACGGCAAAACGUUGGAUAAGUUCAACAUUUUUCACCUCAGAAGGCGACCGAAAAGCGAUCCCGGAACCGGCACAAUCGCUAAACAUGCCCAACAGCAUGCGGCCGCAGUGACAGCUGCCGCCACCGCCGAAGGGACCAAGAAGCGGAGACACAGUUUCGUGAAAAGUGCUUCGAUUGCCAGGAUCUUCGGAAACAACUACAAUACCAAAAAGGGCGAACAGGACAGUGGCGCUCUGCUGAAACUGCAGCAGUUCAAGCGGAGCUUCCUCAGUAGUGAACGGUUCCACCAGAAGAAGGAUUCGAUGGUGACGGCAGCGGCUAGUGAAUCGCAAGAUCAACAACCGAAAAUCGGCGAUGGGUGCUACGUGAACGACAGUGAGAGUGGGCCCAAGGCGAUCCGGUCCAUUACCAGAGGCUUGGGUCGGUUGCUGAGGAGGAAUUCGCACAGUAUCGACAUCAGCCGACCGGAUCCCGAGUACAAGGUUUCCUACCUAGGGAACGUGCUAACCGGAUGGGCAAAAGGUGAAGGCUGUGUAGAGAAACCGUUAGCCACCCUCUGGAGGAACUACACCCAGAACAGCAAACCGGACGUGAUGAUGAAACUUUGUCUGUGUCCUUCGGGGCUGAAAGCCACCACCCGGCAACACGGUCUCACCGAAUAUUGGUCCCACCGGAUAACGUACUGCUGUGCGCCAAAGAAUUACCCGCGAGUCUUCUGUUGGAUUUAUCGCCACGAGGGCCGAAAGCUAAAGCAUGAGUUCCGCUGUCAUGCGGUUAUCUGCUCCAAAGAGUCGGUUGCGCAGGAUAUUAGCACCGUACUGAAGGAAAACCUUACCAAAGCCCUACAAGAGUUCAAACGGGACAAACUGAAUCGGCAGAAUGCGCGACUUAGUUUGGCCAACAGUGUGUACGAUAAUCCAAGCAUGCCGCGGAGAAAGAUCAUGCUGAGCGUAGGUGCCAAUAAUUACCGACCGCCGCUAGAGCGGUCUAAAUCUGCUCCGAAGCUAAUGGCUAUCGAGGAAAUGGUCGGUGAAGAAGAUGAAGAUGACGACGUGCUAGGAGUAGUAUCGAACAAGACUUCCAAAGGACCCGGUACUGUGGUGGAGGAAUUUAGAGCGUGCUGUAAAGAGGAUGCUCUGUUCCCUUCGACGACCCUGGGAAGGCGAAGAUGUCGCCGGGGACACUCGAUCCGGAGGAGCCGUCUGAGAAAUUCAUUCAAAUCACCCAAAGCCGUCGAAGCCAAAGUACCACUGAAUAAUGAGAACAUCGUUCAAGACAGUCCCAUGAAUAAAUCAAUGGACUCGAUACUGGAUACAAUAAAACAAGAGGAAGAAGAUGAACAGGUGAACGAAGCAGGUGAAACCACUGCGGAUAAUCAAGGUACAAGAAGCAACGUGCGUGAUUCGAACUCUUCAGAAGAAGAUUUCGAGACAUUACUGCGCAAUUACAACUACAAUUCCAAAGAACCUUUAUCGACAGAGCUUAUAUCGUAUCUGGACAUGAAAUUAAGCCCAAAGGUAGUAUCCAGCAUGCAUGACCUCACUAGUCAUCAAAUGGAGGAAAAAGUUGAAACAGGCCGAAGAUUGGAGGAGGCUAGACUGGCCCUCAGUUUAGAUGAUCUUGAGGCAUACGAGGAUGAGCACGUCCACGACGAUUCGGAAGAUGAUGUAUUUUUCAAUCAGGAUGAAGUGCUCGAGAUGCUUCGUAGUGCAGCCGAAUCAGCCAACAGUUUUGUCGCCGGUGAGAAAGCUGACUUGAUGAGUUUGCUCGGGCCGGAAACAGCCAGUGGUGGAGAUGACACGGCUCCGCCAUCGCUACUGUGUGUAAAAAACAAGAUAACCGGAAACUCAGACAGUGAUGAAGGCUCUAUUUCUAGCGGCUGUGAAACUUCCAGUACAGUUACCACUAACACGGACGAAUCUGCUACCACAAUCCUCAUAAAACCUUGCUCCGUUCUUGAACGAGUUCGAAGUUUCGAACAACUCGCCGAACAUCAGGUUAUCAACGAGCCAAUUGGUGAAAAAACUCCUCUAAGCAGACAUCGCUUGGACAAUAACGUCUUCAAGCGAAGUAUCACCUUCCCAGCUCCUGGUGUGAAGACCAGCUUCCUCCUUCCGGUUACCUCAUUGGUUGUUCAUGAAGAAGAACCUUUAGACUCUUACACCGAACCACCCGGUAGAGUGAAACCGUCCUCAACGUGCAACGGCGGUGUCCAACCGCGUCGACUGAAAUCGACCAUUGCUGCCGUUAAUACAGAACUAAUCAACCACCUACAGGCGAUCGAUUCUGAUUCGGAUCUCAGCGAUGAAUCCGGUUAUGUGGAAUUCCAAGAUCACCAGCCAUCGACAAAGUCAGUGAAAGCCUAGGUCCGAAGAUUCUGUACUGAAACCCACAAGCAAAGAUCUAGUGAUUUAGCUUUAUUUCUAUGUUGUUUGAUGUCAAUCAGUGGAUUAUCUUUUGCUAGCAUAUCUUCGACAUUCAAUACUAUUCGCCUACGCUACGUGGUAGGAUACCGGGUUCUACCACUUGUCAAUCCGAAAAGCACGUGUCUUGACUAAAACUGUUAUUUCUAUAAACUGUUUCCCUUCCAGAGCACAGAGACAGAAAAGAAAACCUUAUACCAAAUAAAUUAUUGUACUAACAAUAUUCGUUAGGGUUAAUAGAAUACUUUCCCUAGAAAGAAGACCAGUAGUUAAUUGUUAAUGGGGUAUAUUAGUAUAUGUGCUAGGAACCAAGUGAUUAGCCUUCACGUCUUAGAAUUGGUCAUACAAAGCAAGGGAGAUUCAAGUUUAUCAAUUAAUCGUAUAGAAGAUAGUUAACAUAGUGUAAUCAAACACUUCCUCCACAGAAACAAGACAUUCACAAUGUGUACAAGUUAUUCAAUGUACGUAGAAGCUAAUUAUGGCGCUAGUACCAAAACGAUCCUCAUACAGUAUGAUUGUUGUUGAUGUUUUGGAUAUAUCUACCUUUGUAACCCUCGGGACCGAAUUAUGAAUCUUUAUUAUACGAUGUAAUGAACAGAAGGACUUAAAUUUGCAGAACUGUGAAAUUAUACUAAAAGAAAUGAUUACAAAUUACAUAAAUAUGGAUGACUAUAUUUAUUAGUAGUUGAUAUUAUUAAAUGUCUAGAUCAAUGAAACCUGGAAAAUAAAAAAUAGG